UUUUUUGUUAUUACUCCCUUUCUUUGGCCAUUUCUAAAUGUCAACAGCAAAGGAAUACAACUAAUAGCCAACUUCCCAAGUAAAACUAACAAAUUAAACUUCUUUACAAGGGGAAAUAUUGUUUCUUAAGAUUUAUAAAAUACAGAAAAAUACAUAGCAUUGAAACGAAUGCUUCUGCCAAGAGCUUGGACAAACAAAAAACACUGUACAACGGUUUGAUAGACCAAAGCAAACGGCCACAAAAAUGCAUAAUUUGCAACGAAAAGUGGAUGUUAGCAUAAGGAGUUUCUAUAUUUUCAACUCAACGUAUGGCUUAAAGGAGGGACAUGAAAAAGAAAAGGUGCUAUUUUAUCAUCCCAAGGAUAUUGAGCUAAACACCAAAAUAUCCGAUAUUGGAUUGAGUCAAGCAUUUACAACAUUUACAGAUACGUUUACCGAUGAACCUGGUGGCUGUGAAGUUAUUCAUACAGAGAAAACCGUACAACUGCUGUACCAAGCAGAACCAAAGUUUUGGCUUGUUUUGGUCUUAAAUGUCCCCAAAGAAAUGCUUACUAAAGAUGGUGUGGACUAUGCUGAAUAUCAUCCAUAUGAACUGCAUGACGAUAUCUAUCGCCGUGUACUAAUUAUGGCCUAUGAACGUUUUCGCAUGCAAGAGGGAACAUUUGAAAUGAUUUUGGAAGAGAAUCCUGAUAAUGGUCGUGAAAUUUUGGUUGAUAAAUUGGAAGAGUUUUUCGAUAAGUACAUUUCGUCAUUGAAACUACCGGCCGAGGAUAUAUUCGAAUUUAUGCGUUCCCUGCAGUAUUUGCCAUUGGAUAAAGUAUUAUUCUUGAGAGUUCAUAAUUUCAUGGAAUCGCUGAAAUCGACAUAUUCCACAAUCAAGGAUUCAUUGUUUCUGUACAAGAAUACUGUUGUAACUUGCGGUCGCUUUCAUUCCACACAAUUGUAUACACUGUAUCGAUUUGUCCUCGAGCAUUUGACAACGGCAGCAAGUGGCGAAAUGACAACGCGUGAUGCAAAACACUCCGUUCACAAAUUAUACAUCAACACAAAGGAUGGCAUUAAACCAUAUCGCAUGGUUAUCUAUACCUCGACCAAUGUUAAUUUGUGCUUAUUUUUUGAACAACAAUGUAAUGAAAUUACCCAACAAUAUCUUGAAGAUAUUGGUAAUGUACUUAGUACACAGCUGUAUAUUUUGUCACGUGAUAUUGAAGACUAUUUGAGUAAGCAAACGAAUACUACAGGCAAAUCAACACCAGCUAGCUGUGGUGGAGACAGCGACUAUGGUACUAAAUAUUUAUUCAUAAAUGAUCAAAGUCUUAAGAUGAUAACAAAUCUUGGUGAGGAUGAUACACAGCGUAAAACGAAAUUAUCUCAAAAUAUUCUCAAUGUUAUGGCCGAUCUAUUUACCAUUUCCGAGGGUGACAACAAGGAGUCUGAUAUGUCCAUACCGAGUCAAGAGGAGAUAAUGGUCAAGUCCACCGAUGAUUUUUGGGUAGUUAAGAGACAUGGCAAUUGGCGUCAACGUUUUGUCAUUGUCUUCAGUACAAAACCCACUCUACUCGAUAUGACGAAAGAAGCUGAACGUAUAUUUACUGAACAUGAUAUUAAAGAUGGUGUAUUCUCUGACAAAUAAACAAAAUUAUCAAAUA